UGUCACUUUUGCCACAAAUAUAAACAAACACACACUAGGUAUGUUGUUUUGCAUUUCCCAUUUGUGCCUCCAUUCACUACUUACAAGCAAACGGUCAGUAUUAAAAGGAGAUAGUGUAGUGCUGUAACAAGAUUGUAUUACCCUCCCAUACACACACAUACACGUAUACAGUACGCAACGCAAUCGUGAACGUUGUUUUUUACUGCGCCGUAAUUGCACUGGUGUGUUCACUAUUUCCAUCACCAUGGGAAGACCAAUCUAGCUCGAAUGGCCGUAUUCGUCUUCUUGGCACUUAGUAUUAGCGACGACUUGCUAGCUUACGGCAGUGCGCUACUUGAUUGUCGUGGUGGUUCGUGGACGGAAUGCAAAUCGCAGUUGGCCUCGACGCGUAACCAGCGCCAGUUUGAGGCACUUUUGCAACGUUACUAUCCCUCCACUGCCGACGAUUGCCACUGUGCACCCACUCCAAGCGACGUCCCUUGCUGCUGUGAACGUAGCCCCAGCCAGACGGCCACAACCAACGGACCGAUCGACGAGAUGUCCACGGAAUCGCUGGAUAGCUGCGAUUUUGCGUACCACGAAGUGUCGUCACCGGGCUCCGUUAGUCUGGACAAGAGCUCAUCGACGGAGGUUGUGCACACGGUGGAAAACAUUAGCGAGGUAUCGCCGGGACUGUGCUUCGUCAUCACCGGUACGAUUCAGCUGACCUGCGAGCGGUUUUCCAUCAAUUUGCUGCUGAAAAAUGGUGACGUCGCGCUACACUUUAACCCACGCCUGCCACAGAACUACAUCGUGCGCAACUGCCGGGUGAAGGGAUGCUGGGGAAAGGAGGAGGUAGCGUCACCGUUAUCGUUCAACCUGCACCGUGGCCAACGCUUUGCCGUGCAGGUGCUGGUAACGGACAAGGAGUUUCUUAUCUGCGUCAAUGGGCGUCACUUUAAUGCGUUCCGGCAUCGGCUACCGUACCGGAAGAUAUGCACCCUGGAGGUGAAGGGCGAUGUGCGCGAGGUGGCCGUCGAUCAAUGCUACAUGGAAUGCUAUCCCCAGCUGGAGCUGGAGCUUAUCCGACAGCAGACUCCGGAGGCGACUGCAUCGGCCAUGCUGAGUGUGCCCCGUUCGCUGCCGGAAGCGGAUGGAAAACCGAUGCCUUACACCGGCGUGCUGCAGGAACCGUUUACCGACGGGCGUAAGCUGCAUCUGUACGGGCGCGUGAAGCUGCUGCCACACUCGUUCUACCUGAACCUACAGAGCAGCGCGUACGUGUGGCCCCAUCCCAACAUACUGUUUCAUCUGAAUCCACGGUUCGGUAGCGUCGGUGGGCGGCACGUGAUUUGCCGGAACUCGUGGCUCAAUGGCAAGUGGGAGCGGGAAGAGCGGUCGGAGAAUAUGACCGACUUUGCGCCCGGCAAAGCGUUCCAUCUGCAGAUAGCCUGCACGGACGUGAGCUAUCAGGUUUCGCUGAACGACAAGCUGAUCGCGGAGUUUGUGUUCCGGGACAAUCCACGGUUGGUGGAAGCGGUUUACAUCCAGGGCGAUAUUAAGGUGUUCGAUGUCGUCGUUGAAACUCCAUACUAGGCCUAGAGACUGAGUGGGAGCUCGUGUUCGUGAAACAGUUUAACACACAAGUCUAUUUCAACCGGAGUGCUCUUUGCUCGUUUGCGAAACAAUAAUCGGUAGUUAAGGUGCUGUAGACGAAGAUGCUACAUGCAUGACUGUUUAGUGCGUAGUGUUAUAACCCCCAAAGCAGGACCCAAAUGGAGCUGGUACAGCUUGUUGUAUUUGUUUGUAAAGAUUGUUGCUCACCUAUUUACUACUACUGUCUACUACUGUUUAAAUAUUUGCUUUACGCGCAAAAUAAAGUGUACACUACUUAAAAUAAAGCUGCCUCGAAAUUCGUAAUGUACAUACAAUA